UCCGAGUCCAACCCUAUGUCACCAAAUCUCGAGCACUCUAUCCUCCCUAGUCCAGCCUCAAGCAGAACAUCGUUACAUUCUAGCCUUUCGAUACCGUCGAUUAGGUGCUACUCCCCUGUAGAUCAUAGAUCAUCCCACAAAACCAGACCUGCCAAUUCUUUUGGCAGCAUCGAGAGUGGAUAUUCAGGGACCGCUCUAUUGUCUCCACAACUCGCUGAAUCUGACUCUGAUACCUACGACCCUCAACUGGACUUCUCUCGCGAUCAGUGGUAUGAGCAGGUGGAAAAUCACACACGUGUCCUCGAUGAUCACCGUACACUUCGGCCCAGCUACAGCAAAAGUCGCCCAAAAACUCCACGAGUAUCAUGGAGACACUCGUUAGGCCUGGUACCAUCAUCUGGUCGUCGAGUACAACGGAAGAGGCCUCUAGAAGUCCAUUGCCGAAGCGUAACUCUUCCUAAAUUCUUUACAUCACUGUUAGCAGGGAGUUCCUCCUCCUCACAGAGUUCCAGUCGAGCUAGCUCAGCGCAUUCUGACCGGGACACUAAAACACCUACACCUCAACAUCGAAUCAUUCCCACACUCAACCAGAGCUCGUCAGGGAGUAUCGAUCUUCUAGGAAACCGACCGUUCACUUUCAGUGGACCAGAUUUUGCGCAGGUCAGCGGUAGUACUUCUGGUGCCUCCGCUUCCAUAAUCAACCUCAGUUCAUCAUCACUACUGCCCCUCUCCGCGGCACGUUCCUUGUCGGCUUCGCCUGCAUACUCUCUCGCUGGAUCCUCAUUUGAAUUAUGGAGCGGUGAAACUGCCAUUCCAAAGAGGAAUAGCGUCAUUGAUAUCAGCAGCUACUUAAAACACAAACCAUCAGACCAAGUGGAUAGGCUUCGCCGCAAACACCGUCUCUCACCACGCGCCGAGCCUGUGGUUCUUCCAAUCGAAAUUCUGCAGCAAAUAUAUUCGUCCAUGUCGCCACAGGAUUUCAAUUCGGCACGCCACGCGUGCCGAUCCUGGAUGCUGGCCAGCCUGGAUCAAAGCCUCCUUAUGUCUGCUUUGAAGCGUGGCGGAUGGGCAAGCGCCAUAGACAAACUAUGCAUGAAGGACGUACUUACAUCGCAUGACGGAAGCUUUCUAGGGAACCAGUGGAACCUUAGUUGUCUUCUCGCCCGAGAGUGCGCUCUUAGCCACAAUUGGAAAGGGAAUGGCUUCAGCCGGGGCCAGGAACCAAAGUCCGUGGAAAAUAAAUCGAAUCCUUCGCCUUGGGUUGUUGCAGCUACUACGGACUUCGCAGAUCUUGCCAGUGGGUAUGCAGCACCACAGACUAGCCAUAGUGGUGGCUUGAUCUUCACAUCAAGCGUCUGUGGGAAGUUCGCUUUGGUUGGAGAGGGAGGCAUGAUCUAUGUGUACGAGCUACACGGCAGAGGUCUCAAACCGGUAACUAGUGUUGUCUGCCCUCGUAAGGUUCUCGCUGUCAGUAUGGAUGCCUCCGCUGAUAGGUAUGCUAUUGCUGCCUUGCUAGAUGGUCGUAUGGGUAUUGUGUGCGAAUUACGUAUCCCAAAACCACUAGCAGAAGCACGCACGCAAGACAAUGGUUCAUCAUAUCUAAGCCCUCGUCAUUUCCCGCUGCUCACGCAGCAAUCGACACCCUUGUGUAUCGAAAACACUGAAUUAGUUCCCAUUGAUACUAUCAAUGUCGAGAGUGACCAGCAAAGUAUCGAACUAUAUGAUAUUGGGAACGAGGCCCUAGGGGAUCAGAACAUGAUCAAUCGAGCUUGGAACUUGCGACUCGAUAGUACACCUGAAGCCACUUACAGCUUCAUCCGAGAGAAAGAUAGCGCACGUACUGUCCCGGUGGAGACUGGAGUUCGAAAUAUCUAUAGACAUCUAUGUUCUGAAGAUGACCCUCCUCGUAGCGUGGCCAUUUGUCCACAGCGAAGAUGUGUAGCUUUCGGAUGUGCCGCCGGGAUCGAACUGCACUGGGUUGAUGCUGUAAAUGGUCAGGAUGUCAGUCGUUGGUUUCCCCUAACGGCUGAGAGUGACUUCUUGUACUUUCUCCCGCCCCGGUCAGGGGUGGAUUCUGCCAAAAAGCUGCGCCUGAUCUCGAGCGCGGCCCACCCUUCUCAACAGCGGGCGAUAGUCCGACGAUUCCUUUCUGAUAGGGCGAGGGGCAUAUUCUGGAUGCCAUGUAGAAGAUUACAUACGCCCUCCAGCAACUUGCUCAAUUGUGACCACUUCCGUGCUGUACCGUUGAGCGACGGUCGCCACAUUAUGUUUACAGAUCCUCAGUCGGGAAUGCUGGUCCUUGGGAGCGAUGCUCCGCUCGGUAGCCCGCAGAAGUUGUUACGAAAGAUAUAUUGUCUUCCUCCGAAACAUGCGGCCAUUCGCAAGAUCUACACCACGGCGUACGAUCUCACGUGGGGAGCGCGCAUUGUUGUCGGCUACGAUGACCGAAUCGUCCUGUACACAAUCCCCCCGGAUAUCAUGAUGCUGUCCAAUCUGGAACAAUCGCUGGAGAGUGACGUAGAAGGUGGAAAUGCAUCGAUACGAGGCGCGGAUAUUGAAGGGAAGAUUCGUGUCUUGCGCGAACGCUUAUCGUACUGGCCUACUGACUUUACAGAUCGGGGAAGCCACACAUUCUCAUGGCCGCUGUAUCUGCCAGGUACUGAGAUCGGCAAGGUCACCGGCCUUGUGGAACUUGCAAUGCAGAGCAACCCCCGACUUGUCAUAUGGGCUUUCGGACGAGAUGGAUGGACUGUCACCUGGCAACUGGGCACUGGUGCUCAGCGUCCCAGUGUCGAGGAAAGGACCAUUACACGAGAUGGAAGGGUCAUUGAGUCGAGCCCUGGCACCAACACUUAUGGAAUAUCUUACCAUGCCGCUGCUAUCGACGAGUCGGCAGAUGUCGGGGAAUUGCAGCACGAGCGAGCGGUCAGCUAUGACGGAAAUGUAUCGACAAUUUUGAGCGUUGAUGAUGGCCUCGUGCAAGACGAUGAGUUGGAGUUCUUGGAGAUACCCCAAGCGCAAGCGCGAUACAGUCGAAGAGGAGACUUGUGGGUUGACAGUGAUGGAGAUGUGUGGAUGAGAGACGUCUGA